AUGUCUGUCUGCAUUCCUGGGCUCCUGAAGGAACUCUGGAGGCUUGGGAAAGCCAACAGCAUGAAUGACAGAGAAAAAGAAAUCAGUGAGGAAGUGAAUCAGGAUGUGUUUCAGGAUAUAAGGUCCAAGAAUUUCACCUCAGAAGACCUUGGGCCUUCAACAAUCAUCUUCAAAGAGGGGGUGGGCAUCACAGUCGUGGGGACAUCUGAGGAACUCGGGUGGUGCCCAUUUCCUGAAGAGCCACUUGGACAAUUGUCUGGAUUGAGUUCCAGGCAGAAACCGAGAAGAAAAUGUGACACACGGGGCUUUGACCCCAGAAAUCACAUUUCCAGGAGGCAGGUGGAUCAGAGCAACAGGAUCAGCAAAGAGCUGCCCAGGAAGAAGGAACAGCACGGAUGGAGCCCUUGGAAGGUCACAGAGAACAUCCAGCACCUUCCAGGAGGAACUGGCCCCCAAAGCAGCAUUUUAACCCCCAGAAUGGGCAGUUUCCAAGCACAGCAAAGCUCUGUCGUUUCACUCAAAUUCUCCCUCACUUUGGCACUUGCCAGUCCCUUGGAACUGGACAAGAGUUCCACCAUCUUUUUCCACCUCCAUUGGAUGCUGCAGCCACUUGUCCCCCUGAGGAAGUCAAACAGCUGACUUUGUGCCUCUUCCAUUCAUCCCCACGUCUUGACUGGAACAAUUUUAAACACAAGGUUUAUUUCAGUGACAACACUUACCCUCCUCCCUGGAAUUCCUGGUUUCUGGGGAGGAAACAUCUCCAGCUUAUUCAC